GCCGCCCGCUCGCGCCCGGAACGCUGCGCCGCGGGCGCGUUGCUGGAGGAGCGAAUUCGGCGUGGGACCCGAGGACCUACGUGGGUUCCGGCGGCGACCUGGCGCAUGGCGGCCCUGGGACAUCCUGCUCGGGAGACAGCGGCGGCCCCAGGUCCAGGGCCCCCCGCGCGCGGGGACGCGCGCCCCGUAGGCGGUGGAGGCGAGGCGGACGCUAAGAAGCAGAAGAAGAGAAAGAAAACCCGGAAGGGGCCCUCUGUGGCGAAUCCGGGCAGCAAGGCCCCCGAAGAGCCGGCCCCAGAGGAAGCACCCUUGAGCGCGGAGGCCCAGGCGGAGCAGCUGGCUCGGGAACUGGCCUGGUGCGUGGAGCAGCUGGAGCUAGGCCUCAAGACGCGGAGACCCAGCCCGAGACAGAGAGAGCAGGCUGUUGGGGCAAUCCGAACCCUGCACAGCGAAAGAACCCCCCUGCCCCGGAAGAGGCAGCUGAUGCGCUCCUUGUUUGGGGACUACAGGGCUCAGAUGGAAGGCGAGUGGCGCGAAGCCCUGCGGGCCCUCCGGACUGCAGCCCAGUCAGCCCAGGUGCAGCCUGUAGGUGAGGCCGCCAGAAAGAAGAGUGGAAGGGUCUGCAGGCCUCACCUAGCAGGGGGAGCCAAGGCCACCCUGGACACUCCUGAUGAAGAGUUUAGGUUCAAUUUCUUUUAGCCUCUCCCCCAUCCUGGAACAGUCCCUCUCCGUGAGUGGUGUGGGGGUUUAUCUUGGGUGCAGAGCCUUUCCAGGAAUGCUCUGUGGGACAGAUGUGGGGUUGGUCUGUCCCUGGCUGGUCAGUGAGUCUGGUGCCGUUUUUUGGGCAGAUGUGAGACCAGCAUAUUGGGUACUGUCAGACAAGCACGAGACCCCCAUUUGUAGGUCUUCAGGUGAAUUGUUCCUCCUGCCAGAAGAGGGAAGUCCGUUUAGAAAAGCUUCAACAAUAAGCUGAAGUGAGUGUUCAGCAUGUUAUAGAAAGAAUAUUUUAGUCAGUCUUUAGUGUUAGAUGUAGUAGCUGUUGGUAGUGAGGAAUGGUGGGAAAGCUGUGUGAUUGUGCACUGGUGCUCACUUAGGAAAGGAGGUCCUGCCACAUGGUGUGGUGCUUUCUCUCGUGAUGUCACGUUGCCCCAAUAAAACUAAUUUUUAUAAAAGUG